AGUUACCUCUUUGCCAUGAGUGAAACCAUUGCCAAGCAAUCAACAGAAGCUAAUGAUUCACAGAACAUAAAGAAUCCCAAACUGGGAUGGAUGAUUGGAUUCCUCUUUGUUGUUAGCUUCCUAGGGUUGUUCUCCCUUGUUCCAUUGAGAAAGAUAAUGAUCGUCGACUACAAGUUGAUCUAUCCAAGCGGCACUGCAACAGCACACCUUAUCAACAGCUUCCAUACUCCUCAGGGAGCCAAGCUAGCAAAGAAGCAGGUGAGAACAUUGGGCAAGUUCUUCACGGUCAGCUUCCUCUGGGGUUUCUUCCAGUGGUUUUACACUGCUGGUGAUGACUGUGGAUUUGCUGCCUUCCCUACAUUAGGCCUCCAGGCAUACCAAAACAAGUUCUACUUUGAUUUUUCAGCUACAUAUGUUGGGGUUGGGAUGAUUUGUCCCUAUCUCGUAAACAUAUCUGUGCUCUUGGGAGGCAUCCUCUCAUGGGGAAUCAUGUGGCCUCUGAUAGGUGCUAAGAAAGGCGACUGGUACUCGGCAGAUCUCCCUUCAACCAGUCUUCAAGGGUUGCAAGGAUACCGGGUGUUCAUAGCCAUUGCCCUGAUCCUGGGAGACGGCCUCUACAACUUCUUCAAGGUCUUGAGCAAGACUGUGGCUGCCUUCGUGACUCAAAUCAGGAGCAAGUCGUCUGCGACUCCGCUGCCCUUCUCUGAUGACACGUCCGCCGUCACCAUCGAUGACCAGCGUCGCGUCCAACUCUUUCUCAAGGACCAAAUCCCCAAACCAAUUGCCUACGGAGGUUAUCUUGUCGUUGCUGCCGUAUCAACUGCUACGCUUCCCCACAUCAUUCCGCAGCUGCGGUGGUACUACGUGCUGGUGGCCUACGUGUUCGCGCCGGUGCUGGCGUUCUGCAACGCCUACGGCGCUGGCCUUACCGACUGGUCUCUUGCUUCGACCUACGGCAAGCUAGCCAUCUUCACCAUCGGCGCGUGGGCUGGGGCCUCCCGCGGCGGCGUUCUCGCGGGCCUCGCUGCUUGCGGUGUCAUGAUGAGCAUCGUGUCCACCGCUUCCGACCUCAUGCAGGACUUCAAGACCGGGUACUUGACUCUGGCCUCGCCGAGGUCCAUGUUCGUCAGCCAGGUGAUCGGCACUGCCAUGGGAUGCGUCAUUGCUCCGUCCGUCUUCUGGUUGUUCUUGAAGGCUUUCGAAGACAUCGGCGUCCCGGGAACAGAGUACCCAUCGCCCAAUGCUCUCGUCUACCGCAACAUGGCGAUACUCGGGGUGGAGGGCUUCUCGUCGCUGCCGAAGCACUGCCUCGUCCUCUGCUACGUGUUCUUCCUCGCCGCCGUCCUCGUCAACGCAUCGAGGGACGUCGUGGGGAAGAAGGCGGCGAGGUUCAUACCGCUGCCGAUGGCCAUCGCGAUACCGUUCUACUUGGGGUCUGCCUUUGCCAUCGACAUGUGUGUAGGCAGCUUGAUGUUGUUCAUCUGGGAGAGGACGGACAAGGCGAAGGCGGAAGCGUUCGGGCCGGCGGUGGCCUCGGGGUUGAUCUGCGGCGACGGGAUAUGGACUCUUCCGCAGUCGGUGCUCGCGCUGGCCAAGGUGAAGCCGCCCAUAUGCAUGAAGUUUUUGUCGAGGAGCAUGAACGAGAAGGUGGAUGCGUUCAUCGCAUCCGUGUCUUAGUCAAUAGGAAAUAAACAAUAAGAG